UUCAAUAUAAUUAAGGACAGCCCAUUUUGAGGAUAUUGUUCUGGGAUAGAUUACUGGAAAUGGGUAUCACUGGAGAGAUGGUUAGGAGUGUCUUCUCUAAAACUCGCUCUGGUCGGACUCAUGAAAGCACAGUAAGAAGCAAUUUGAUUGAUAAGAGAAGGUGGAGUUCUGUUAGAUCAUACCUGUGCGGCGAUGAAUUUAGUUCGGUUAUUGCAGCAGAGGAUUCAGCUUCUGUUAAGAGCUCAGAAGCAACAGUUCAACAGCCUGUAACACAGGAUUCCUCAUCAGAAGAGCAUGACAAAAGUGAAGAUUCCAUAGAAAAUGUACUGAAGGAAAAGCCAAAUUCAACCUCCAGCUUAUUCCGCCAGGAAGAUGCUGCAUUGAUCAUACAGUCAGCGUUCAGAGACUUUCUGGCAAGGCGUCAAAAGGAAGAAACAAAGUCGAGCGAUGGCGAGAAAGAGCCUACUGUAGGAACAGAAAGUCCAAACAGGGAGUCUGUAGGCACAUCAAUUGAAGUUCAAACUGGAAAUUCAGUGGAAGUUUUUUCCCUUCAAGAGGAGAGUUUGGCUGUUCACCACCAAUCUCCACAGAAAGCCAGAUCUCAGCUUUUGAAGCUAAAGCGAGACUGGGAUGAUAGCACAGUGAGUAGCAACAUAUCUCAAAUGAGGAUUCAAAGCAGACUGGAAGCAGCAACAAGGCGUGAGAGAGCGUUGGCUUAUGCUUUCUCACAGCAACUACGAAUCUGUUCAAAGAGGAAAAAUACCAGAUCUGAUGGGGCAGAAACCAACAUUGGGUGGAGCUGGCUAGAAAGGUGGAUGGCAACCCGCAUUCCAGAAAGUUCCUUCAUCGAAAACCAAGCAAGCGGGCAGCUUAAUCCAUUCGACAGCAAUCAAAGGAUUGUAAUUGGGGAUAGACUAUUUGAUGCAUCCCUGGAAGAAAAGGAGAGCUGCGGGUCCAAUGAGGUAUCCGUCCAACUGGAUGGUUUUCAGCUAUCUGCAACAAAGGAAAAUGAUUCCUUCAAAUCUGCAAAGAGUAGGCUUAAGGCUACAAGGAGAGUAUCAAGGAGAAACACUUCACCAAGUUACCAGUGCCAAGACAAAUGUGCUAAGGUGAGCAAGAAAGAUGGUUCAACAGAGAAUGAACAAGAGUUGCAAGAUAACAAGGCUAGCAGGGAAUCACAGAGCAAGAAACGAACUAAAUGCAAAGAUAGUACCUCUGUAUAAUCAUCAGACUACCGGAGCAGCAGGAAUAUCCUACAAAUGAUAAAAUCCUAUAAUACUGCUUGAUCAUAAGGCCAGCAACUAUGUCAUUGAACUUUCCUGUAAAAAUCAUGAUUUAAAAUAGUUUAUCGACUACCCGCGGGAUAAUCAACACAAUCACCAAGAAGCAUGCCAGUAGUAAUUCUUAGGCAGCACAACACGCAAACCGAGAAUGUGGGUACACCCAGAUGAAUUGAACUAAUCCCGCAUGUUGAAUUUUUGAAGUUAAUUAACCACAAACUACCCAAAUCCACAUCCAUAUUAAGCAAAUAUGAAAUGUCAGCCUUCUUGACCUGAUCACAACAGCCUGCCUGUAUGCUUUCAUUCAUAACCCAGAAUUAUGAGACUCUGCAUCACUAGCUUGAUAAACACAUCAUCUGAGAUUCUGAGUCCACAACUAGCAACCAAAACUUUAGAAAAAUAAAAGAGUAUCAACAUUGCACAAAAACCAGUUCAACCAACAAUAUUAUAUAUCCAGCAUCAUGGACAUAAUAGCCUAAAACCACGCAAAGUACAAAGUAAUCAUACUAGCAAGAAUCCGGAUACAGAAAACUUUGUAAUAAGCACCAAACAUAAGAAAGAUAAACAACUAUUACAUGUAAUAUGACAGCUUUAUCAUCU